AUGGCUGUUCUCAACUUCACGCUCAGCGAUGACGGCGUUGCUGCCUUUCGCGAUGCACUCAUCUGUCUGAACAAGUUUAGCGAUGAUGUAUCGCUAGAGGCGAGGAAAGAUUCCUUUGUUUUGAGCACAUUGAACAAUUCCAAGUCUGCCUAUGCUAGCUUCAAGUUCGCGACGGGCAAGUUCUUUUCCCGUUACAAUUAUCAAGCGACGGGCCAAUUUCGCGAGAGAUUCUACUGCACGCUUUACAUAAGAGCUCUUAUCUCUCUAUUUCGGAGCAGAUCGUCUACCGAGGGGCAGCGUGACCCUGACAAACAGGCGCUGAUAGAGAAAUGUGAUGUUGCCAUUGAGGAUGGUGAGGGCGUCAGCAGUCGAUUUAUCGCAAGAAUAGUAUUCAGGAAUGGCCUCACGUCAACACAUAAGCUUCCAUUUGAAGUAUCAGCACCGGUUCACGCAAAGUUUAGUAAACAGGAUGCACCGCACCACUGGUCGAUACCGUCGCGAACACUACGCCAGUUAAUGGAUCACUUUGGACCAGGCAUUGACUAUCUGGACAUCAACACCGAUGAUGAUCAUGUUAAUUUCACCUGCUUUAGCGAAAAGACCGUGAAUGAAGAUGCUGUCUUAAAGAAGCCCCUACAGACUUCCAUCUCAGUAUCUUCGGAUGAAUUUGGAGACAUUGAUGUCGAGGAUAAACUGCAUAUUGUUAUAUCCGUCAAGGAUUUUCGAGCCAUCAUCCAACACGCUGGUAUUGCAGGGUCCGAGCUCUUUGCUCGGUACUCGCUACCUGCCAAACCUAUACAAUUCUCAUAUUCAUCCGACGCGAUAUCUUCCGAGUUCCUGAUUAUGACCGUUGGAGAACGUGGGAGCAACCCGGGUCAGAAAACGAGAAAAGGACGCAAGGCAGCUCCUCAGCCAUCGGCGCCGAGACUGGAGCCGGUAUCGCGCCGCACAAGCGUGGCCCCCUCUCAAGCACCCGACAAUGGUACACAGAUUGAUCAGCAACCGGCACCCCCCACUGCAUCUUUCAAACCACCAGCGUCUAAUCCCGCCCGACCAAUGAGCACCGCUAGAGCCAGCGCUUCGAGAAUGUCGGCAUUCGACCUACGGCCCUCUCAGCGCCCACCGCCACCGACUCUGCGAUCAGAAAGCCUGUUCAUUGAUGAUGAGGGCUGGGAGCCAGUUCAAGACGAAGACGAUGAGGCGGAAGAAAACGGGCGACUAGACUGGGAUCACAGCGCCGUUGACCCGGACCAGGCGGCCCCCUUCAUGACUAUGAGCAGAGGCGUGCCAGAAAAGACGGUGGAAGACAGAUCCGAAAUGAUGGACGCCCAUCGAGACGCAGCGCCGUCCACGUUCCUCGCCCCAACACAGAAGCUUUCCGAUGUACAAGGGCUGGGCCUGUUUCCAGAUUAA